AUGACUCAUCCCACCUUAUCCUUGAAACUCGAAGCUACAUCUAGUCUACUCUGCGGGUCUCAGCCUGAUCAACUUCCUGAUUUGGACCAGCUAGCUUCCAGCCCCUCUACCAGAUUCCAAGGCCAAACCGGUGUCGGCCCUUUUCCCGUAUCUACUGGCCCUGCUGGUUAUGUCAUCAGUUUAGCGGAUGCUGGGCAGACGCUGGUCGUAGUUCCUUGCUCCGCUCUCAUGCAUACCAGUUUCUCUACUGCUACUCAGUAA